CCAAGGUUGAUCGAUCAUAUUUUGUGGACAGAGAGCGGUAUCCAGAGCUAACUGGAAGAAUGUCCGUAGCAUCAGUCAGUUACCUCUAGUGACGAGGGAGUAGGCAGAUUAGAUGCAACUAAGGAGGAGAGCUCAUUACUUGGGAGAUUUCUGAUCAUACGACUCAACAAAGCCAGCCAGCAAAGGCUUUGGCGAUGCUACAGAAGGAUCUUCCAGGAUGACCUGCUGCUGCUAGUAGACAUGACCAGCCACGACACACUACUGCUACCAACUUUUCUCGUCUUUGACGAAAUCUUUGCCAUUACACUACUCCAACCAGUUGGUGGUAGUGGUGCGCAAAUGUGUACCGCAACAGUCUCUUUAACACCCACGAAUAAUUCCUAAGGAGGAAGUGGACGUCAUUCUUAGUUACAAGUCGUAAAAUCUCAUGUCGUGGAUAAGAGAAGGAGAAUUAAACCUCAUUGAGAGGAUUUCUGCCAACGUAUUGAAGGCAGGACCGAUUCCCAAACAUGUUGCCAUCAUCAUGGAUGGAAACAGACGUUAUGCUCGCAAACGGCAUGUUGAGCGCCAUGAAGGGCAUAGCCAAGGCUUUGAGAAACUAGCAGAGACUCUGCGCUGGUGUUUGCAACUUGACAUCCGCGAGGUGACCGUGUACGCCUUCAGCAUUGAGAAUUUCAAGCGCUCCAAGGAGGAGGUGGACGGGCUAAUGGAGCUGGCAAAGCAGAAGUUCACCCGCCUUCUGGACGAACAAGAGAAUCUGGAGAAGCAUGGUGUGUGUAUUCGGGUGCUGGGAGACCUGACCCUAUUACCCUUGGACCUGCAAGAAGGCAUUGCCAAGGCGGUGGUGGCCACCAAGACUCAUAACAGAUGCUUUCUGAAUGUGUGCUUCGCCUACACGUCGAGACAUGAAAUCGCCGGCGCAGUCCGAGAAAUGGCGUGGGGUGUGGAACAGGGCAUGAUCAGACCCAGUGACGUGUCUGAGGACCUCCUGAGCCAGUGUCUGUACAGCAGUAACUCCCCAAACCCUGACCUGCUCAUACGCACCUCUGGAGAGGUGCGCCUCAGCGACUUCCUGCUCUGGCAGACCUCGUAUUCAUGCUUGGUGUUCCAGUCUGUGCUGUGGCCAGAGUACUCCUUCUGGAACCUGUGUGAGGCCAUUAUUCAGUACCAGCUCAACCACCGCUCUCUGCAGAAAGCGCGGGAGCACCACAGAGAAAGCCAAGCCCUCCAGCAGCUGGAGGCGGACCGCUCCUGUGUGGCCGAGCUGCUACAGCACCAUGGCAACGGGACGCCCGUGGACGCUCAGAGCCGACAGGAAGCCUUGCGCAGUUAUACGGCAAGCCGGGAGGAGAGGGUCCGCCACUUCCUGGGUGCAUUGCAGCACAAGAGGGACACUUUCUUCACUGACUUGUGUAGCCCGGCAGUAGUGGCUUAAUUCCAGUCUUUGUGUUGCGCAGACGUUGGAGCAGAAAUGGAUUUCCAUGUGUUGUUCCUUUUUUUAUUCACUAAUCUUACAUAGGUGAAUGAAGAAGUUGUUCUGCCCCCGUUUUAUGGGGCUCUGAAAUCUAUUUAUGUAAAUUAGGUUGUCAGCCUGGGCCUAGAAAAGUGCAAAUCUGUUGUUUAUGUGUGGCUCUGAGUGAUUGAGUUAAAGGGGCUUUAACUUAAGGAUAUGCUGUAAUGAAUCAUUAUAAUGCUUCCCAUAGAAGUGUGGUUUUAUUAAUAAAAGACAUCUUUACAACACCUAAAGAAAUGUUAUGGCUGCAAGAUAUAGGCUGGAUGUCAGAACUGUACACAAUACAAUAACAAUCAAAAAGAUUAAGCCAAUCAAAUAGUUCUAUAGUAUGAAGUAUAAAAAAUAAAAAUAACUAUUGAGAGGUG